CGCACACACGCCUCGUCCAGCUCACAGCUAGCCAACUCGAGACUGCUAUACAUGUAGUUACCAGUACCUGGCAGAGGGAUUUGCCCCUGCGCAAUUUGAGUGGCUUUAUCACAGGAGUAUGAUAAUCUCAUUGAACCUAUAUGUGUAUGUUACGGACAUUGUCACUGCAGUAGGGUCGUCAGCAUGCAGCAGUACGAUAUACGGUCUGGUUUCCUAUUCCUGUGAAGAUCAGCUCAACAAGUAAACGCGACGGAACACGCAAAAGACACAGCUUCCUGCACUAAAAUCAGGAAUCAAGAUGCCAUCUGCUUGUGAAGUUGGGAUUGAUGAUAUUGAAGACAUCAUAUCAGCUGGAGAUGUCACACCAAAGGAAAGAUUCGCAAACAAACAGGAUGUAAUGCCCAAAGUGAUGAAUAGAAAGAAAGACAGAAGGAAAAAAGAGGAAGAUAUCAAAGCAGACAGCAUUAUACCAGGAACCCAGAAAAUCUUUGUGAAGACAUGGGGUUGCUCACACAAUAGCUCUGAUGGAGAGUAUAUGGCAGGUCAGCUUGCAAACUAUGGGUAUUCAAUUACUGAUGAUUCAACUGGAGCUGAUGUCUGGUUGCUCAACAGCUGUACAGUGAAGAACCCGGCUGAAGAUCAUUUCAGGAAUGAGAUCCAGAAAGCACAGCAGCAGGGCAAAGCACUGGUUCUAGCUGGCUGUGUACCUCAGGCCCAGCCAAGAGCUAAAUACAUUCAAGGGGUCAGUGUCAUCGGUGUGCAACAAAUCGACAGGGUGGUGGAAGUUGUCGAAGAGACCAUAAAGGGGAAUACUGUGAGGUUGUUUGGCCAGAAAAAGAAGGAAGGAAAGAAGAUUGGUGGAGCUAGUCUGGACCUGCCAAAGAUAAGGAGAAAUCCGCUGGUAGAAAUCCUCGCAAUAAAUACAGGCUGCCUAAACCAAUGCACCUAUUGCAAGACAAAGCAUGCAAGGGGAGAACUUGGUAGUUACCCACCAGAAGAAUUAGUUGCCAGAGCAAAACAGUCUUUUGAUGAGGGAGUCUGUGAGAUCUGGCUGACCAGUGAGGACACGGGUGCCUAUGGCAUUGAUAUAGGAGUGACUAUUGUUGAGCUCCUUGACCAGUUAGUAGAUGUCAUACCAGAGGGAUGUAUGAUGAGGAUAGGCAUGACGAAUCCACCUUAUAUUCUUGACCAUUUAGAGGGUAUUGCCAGGAUACUACGCCAUCCUAGGGUAUAUUCCUUCCUUCACAUACCAAUUCAAUCGGGAUCAGAUUCGGUUCUCAUGGACAUGAAGAGAGAAUACUGCUCUGAUGACUUUAGGAAAAUUGUAAAGUUCCUUAGAAAAGAAGUGCCUCGUGUUACCAUAGCAACAGACAUAAUAUGCGGAUUUCCCACAGAGAAUGACAAGGACUUUGAGGAAACUCUGAGUUUGAUAGAGGAGUUUCGAUUCCCCAGUGUGUUCAUCAAUCAGUACUUCCCUCGACCAGGUACACCGGCAGCCAAGUGGCCUCAAGUCCCUGCACAAGAGAAAAAGCGUCGGACAAAAGCUUUGACGACACUAUUUAAGAGCUACCAGACAUACGAUGAUAAGGUGGGUGAGAGGUUUGAAGUCCUCGUCACAGAAGUGUCACAUGACAAGCAGUAUCUGGUAUCACAUAACAAGUUCUAUGACCAGGUACUGGUACCGCACAACAAGGAAUAUCUUGGUAGGACAUUAGAAGUGGAGAUAGAGUCAGUUGGAAAGCAUUUCUUGAUGGGCAAGGUUCUUGAAGUAAGGCCUGCUAGAAAUAUACCAAUGCUGCAAUCAGCGCCAAUACACCGGAUUUCAGCAAAGGAACAGUCUCUUGGGAAAUCUUCAUCAAGCAUGAAAUCACAAUUGCCUUGGAUAUCAAUAAUCAUGGCAGUUCUUGUAGCUGUUGUCUUCCUGGAUGUGUGCAGGAUAGCCUAUCAGCAUGUCACAAGAUAG